UUACCCUAGUUUUCAACUCUUUUGAGUUUUGAGGACCAGCCACCUCUCGAAGUCGAAGGUCCAAUUAGGUUAUCGGGUUGGUUUCCAAAGCCCAAUCUCCCUCUGCUAAACCCCAGAUCUCUCUUCCCGACCUCCCGGAGCUCGCUUUCCGAGCUUCCCACCACCGCGUUUUCACCGUCAGAUUCUCUCCACACACUGCUGGGUAAAGCAGGAAGAUAUAUACCAAGACAAGGAUGGCUACCCUUGAAGAAGGCGAAGUGGUGGUGGCCCAUGUUACAGAUGUGACAAUCAGCUCUGACAAGAUGGGUACUCUUGAAGACAACAAAUUGGCGGUGGCCCCUGAUGUAAAAAGUUCUCAGCACAUCAAGAAUCUCUCCAAUUUCGAAGCGCAACCUAACAAGGGACUUUCUGCAUCUGAAACCCAGGCUACUGGUGGUGAUGCAAAUGAGUUGGACAACGCUGAAGAAUCUCUGAAACAUGAGCUGGGAAAUUCUGAACCAGAAUCCAACCACCAGUUGGGCAAUGUUGAGACCCCAAACAACAGUCAGCCAGUUGCUUCGGAGGCAACACUUGACAAGCCGGUGGUCAGCUCUGAAGCACAACCUAACAACCAGGUGGUCAAUUCUGAGGCGCUGUCAAACAAUGGUGUGGCAAAUUCUGAAAUUCUAACUAGUCAUAAUGGGGCAAUAUCUGAAACUCAAGGCAGCAAUGAGGUGGUGGUAUCUGAAACACAGUGCAGCAAUCAGGUGGUCAAUUCUAAGGCUCUGCCAAACAAUGGUGUGGUUAAUUCUGAAUCUCAAGGUAGUAAUAAUGUGGCAAUAUCUGAAACUCAAGGCAGCAAUGAGGUGUUUAUAUCUGAAACACGGCAUAGAGAUGAAGUGGUUGUAUUGGAAACACAGUACAGCAAUGGGGUGAUUGUAUCUGAAACACAGCACAGCAAUGAGGUGGCUGUAUCUGAAACACAUCACAGCAAUGAGAUUAUUGAAUGUGAAACACAGCAUGCAGAAGAGGUGGUUGUAUCUGAAACACAGCAAAACAAUGAGGUGAUUGUAUGUGAAACACAGCACGACAAUGAGAUGGUUGUAUCUGAAACACAGCAAAACAAUGAGGUGAUUGUAUGUGAAACACAGCACGGCAAUGAGGUUAUCAUGUCUGACUCGCAGCCUAGCAGUGAGGUGGUCAUGUCUGAGACACAGCCAUGCGGUGACGUAGUCAUGUCUGACACACAGCUGGGCUGUGAGGUAGUCAUGUCUGACAUCCAGCCCGUCACGUAUGAAGCACGGAUCAGGAGUGAUAUGGUUGGGUCCAGUACACUUCAUAGCAAUGAGGUAGCCAUGUCUGAUGCACAAACCAUUGAUGAGACCGUCAUGCAUGAAGCCCAGUUCAGAAAUGAUGUGGUUGUGUCUGAAGCUCUAUCUGAAUUUGAGUUGGCCGAUUCCACCAUAGAUCCCAACAUUCAGCUCUCCUAUUCAGAAACUCUUCAUGAUAAUCAUCAAUUCAGUGAUCUCGAUUUGAUUCCUGAAGAUCAACUGCCACAACCUGAACCGUUGCCCAAUUCUGAAUCACCACCUAGAUCUGAACCACUGGCAGACAGUAAUCAUGCAGACAUGAAACCAGUACCCCAUAAUCAUCUACCUGAGUAUGAAAUGUUGCCCAACAAUCAUCUAGACCAUUCUGAGGCACUGGCCAAUUAUCAGCUAGCUAAUAAUGAAACAUUGUCCCAUGAUCAGCUAGCUAGUUCUCAAAUGAUGACUCACUAUGAGCUGGUAAACAGUGAACCACUGCACAGCAAUCAGUUAAUCACUUCUCAAGGACACUAUGAGAUAGUCAGUGCCCAAACUAUUCCCAGCUAUGAGAUAGUAAAUGCUGAAACUUUACUUAACAAUGAGGAACAUACUCCAGAUACACAGCCUAAUAAGAGAAGGAAAAAGAAGUCUAUUGUCUGGCAACACUUUACCAUAGAAACAGUCGGUGAUGGAUGUAGAAGGGCAUACUGCAAUGAAUGCAAGCAAAGCUUUGCCUACAGUACCGGUUCAAAAGUUGCUGGUACCAGCCACCUUAAACGACACAUUGCCAAGGGGGCGUGCCCAACUCUUCUGCGUAACCAAGACCCGAAUCAGGAAACCCCAUAUACUCCACAUCAAAAGGGAGAUGUUGUGCUGAGGGGAGGUGGUGCUAGCGUUACUAGCACACCAAAGCGACGUUAUAGAUCCCCUAGCACUCCAUACAUAAUUUUUGACCAAGAUCGUUGUCGUCAUGAGAUUGCUAAGAUGGUCAUUAUGCAUGAUUACCCCCUUCACAUGGUUGAGCAUCCAGGAUUUGUUGCAUUUGUCAAAAAUCUGCAGCCUCAGUUCAACAUGGUGUCCUUUAAUACUGUUCAAGGAGACUGUGUUGCUGCUUACCUGAAUGGUAGGUCAUUCCUUGUGAAGUAUUUUAGGGGAUUACCAGGACGUGUUUGUCUGACACUUGAUGUUUGGAGCUCAAGUCAAUCUGUAGGCUAUGUGUUAAUUACGGGACAUUUUUCGGAUAGUGAUUGGAAGUUGCACAGGAGAGUUCUCAAUGUUGUGAUGGAACCAUACCCUGAUUCUGACACAGCUAUCAGCCAUGCUGUUGCUGCUUGCAUUAUGGACUGGAAUCUGCAGGGCAGGAUGUUUUCUAUCACUUGUAAUCAGGCACUGACUGAGGUUUCUCUUGAAAAUCUCAGACCCUUGCUCUCUGUGAAGAAUCCACUUAUCCUCAAUGGUCAGUUGCUAAUUGGAAAUUGCAUUGCCCGUACUUUAAGCAAUGUUGCAAAUGAUUUGUUGAGCUUGGCACAAGAUAUAGUCAGUAAAAUCCGGGAUAGUGUGAAAUAUGUGAAGACUUCAUAUAUACAUGAGGACAAAUUCCUGGAACUCAAACAGCAACUUCAGGUCCCCAGUGAAAGAAGCCUUUUUAUUGAUGACCUAACCAAAUGGAAUACAACAUAUGAAAUGCUGGUUGCAGCUUCUGAACUAAAGGAAGUGUUUUCUUGUUUGGACACGUAUGAUCCUGAUUACAAAGGAGCCCCAUCUAUUCAAGAUUGGAAGCUUGUUGAGACCCUCUGCACAUACUUGAAGCCCCUUUUUGAUGCAGCCAACAUUCUUCUCACGACAACUCAUCCAGCUAUUAUUACCUGCUUUCAUGAAGUUUGGAAAAUGCAGUUGGAUCUGGCUCGUGCUGCUAUGAAUGAGGAUCCAUUCAUUAGCAACCUAACUAAACCUAUGCAGGAAAGGAUUGGUAAGUACUGGAGAGAUUGUAGUCUGAUUUUGGCUACUGCUGUAGUUAUGGAUCCUCGUUUCAAGAUGAAGCUUGUUGAGUUCAGUUUCACAAAAAUAUAUGGCAAGGAUGCCCAUGUGCAUGUCAAGAUUGUCAAUGACGGAAUUCAUGAGCUGUUUCACGAGUAUGUUAACUAUCCUCUGCCACUCACAGCAGCAUAUGCAGAAGGAGAUGCUGGAAGCCUCAUUGGGGAAUCCCAAGGAGGAACUCUGACGACAGAUAAUGGCCUUACUGAUUUUGAUGCCUAUAUCAUGGAAACUAGUAGCCAACAGAUGAAGUCUGAAUUGGACCAGUAUUUGGAGGAAUCAUUGUUGCCACGUGUUCCGGACUUUGAUGUAUUAGGUUGGUGGAAGAUAAACAAAGUCAAGUACCCUACUCUUUCCAAGAUGGCCCGGGACAUAUUGUCUAUACCAGUUUCUACUGUUCCUUCUGAAUCUUUCUUUGAUAGGAAAAGCAAAGAAAUGGAUCAGUAUCGAUCUUCCUUGCGACCAGAGGCGGUGGAGGCCCUUGUAUGUACCAAAGACUGGAUGCAGUAUAUAGCAGCUGAAAUGGGCAUGUGAAAAUGGAAUUCUGGAUUUUUUGUUGUACCAUGUAUGAUGGUAGGUUCAGUGGUAUUUUACUUUAAGUCCUUAGUUCUCAUUGGUUUAUAUUUGUAACAUUUAAGUGAUUAUUUCGAUGAAUGGACGUGGAUAUUUUAAAUCA